CGAAUCGAUUCCCUCUUCCCACCACUCGUCUCUCCCGGCUAGCCGCGGCCAUGAUUGCGUCUCGCACCGGGGCCAUCACGGCCGGCAUCUGCGGCGCCGUCUUCAUCGGAUACUGCGUCUACUUCGACAGAAAGCGACGCAGCGACCCCGACUUCAAAAAGAAGCUGCGAGAGAGGCGAAGAAAGCAGAAGCAAGCCACUUCCAGCGCACAGAUAAUUCUGCCGGACAUUAAGGAUACUGAGGCCGUGCAGAAGUUCUUCCUUCAGGAGAUCCAGCUUGGCGAGGAGAUGCUGUCACAGGGCGAGUUUGAACAGGGGGUUGAGCACCUGACCAAUGCGGUGGCAGUGUGCGGCCAGCCCCAGCAGCUGCUGCAGGUGCUGCAGCAGACGCUGCCGCCACCCGUCUUCCAGAUGCUGCUGCAGAAGCUGCCCACCAUUGGACAGAGGAUCGUUUCCCGCUCCACGCUGCAGGAGGUGGAAGAAGAGGACGUGGAGUGAUUGUUGUUUAGGUUCAAAUUUUCACCAUCUAGCUACUCCCUGAUAACUCCAGUUUAUACCAAACUAUAUUUCUGGACAGUGCUACGCUUUUUUUGCUUUUGUAUUGCAUUCAUUAAUGUGCAUGAACCUAACCUUUCCAGAGCCUUUAUAUAAUUGUCAUUGUUACAAAUGUGCAGACUUUCAGAUGAAACUUUGACUCCAGUUUCCUUUGUUGGUGGUGGUUUAAGUAAAUAAAAUGUUUUAUUUACAAGACAA